CUACGGUGUUUGGUGACCCUCACAUCUACACAUUCGACAAUGUGCCAUACACCUUCAAUGGUAAGGGAGAGUUUGUGUUGGUGCGCGUCGACUCGCUGCGUCGAGUACUGGACGUACAGGGACGCUUUGAGCAGAUCACCAAGAACUAUCUUGGUGAAGCCAAGGCUUCCUUGCUUACUGCUGUGGCAGCUCGUGAUAACAUAUCUUCCAUCGUGGAGGUUCGUCGUCGUCCCACCAACGCCAUCUGGCGCUACCACCUGGACGUCAUAGUAGACGGUGAGAGAGUGUACUUCGACAGGUACUCUCAGAAGAUACAACAGUUCCGUGAGUGUGUGGUGUAUACUCCCAGCAACAUACUCAACCAGAGUCACGUUGUGAUCAUGUUCACCUCCGGGGCUGGAGUGGAGGUCAUGGAGAAUAUGGGUUACCUAGCCACCAGGAUAUAUCUUCCUAUAUCCUUUGCGAACAUCACCAGAGGUCUCUUUGGUAACUGGACCUUUGAUGCUGAUGACGACUUCACUCUUCCUGAUGGCUCUCUGGGACCCAGUCCUGACAUCAGCAACUUCCAGCUCAUUCACAAUGAGUUUGGAAUGAAGUGGGUGCUGGACGAUAAGGAGUCACCAUACUUGGGCAAGAGUCUGUUCAUGCACGACAACUCUCGCUCCAGCAACUACUACUACGACCCAAAUUUCGAACCCGAGUGGAAACCCCAUCCUGAUCUGUCUCUCAACGCCACAACAGACAUGUCGGAGAUCCAGCAAGUGUGUGGCGACUCCUACCAGUGUUACUACGACUACGUUGUCUCUCUUAAAAGAGACUUCGCAGUCAUGACCAAGUAUUACCAAGACCAGUUUGUUAAUAUCAAGGAUGAUGCUCUGAAGGCAGUGAUAUCCUGUGGGGCGCUGCCAACACCGCCCAAUGGCCGCAAGUCGACUUUCAACUUCCUCAGCGGCGCUGAGGUCAAGUUCGACUGUGACCCCGGCUAUGUGUUGCUGGGUGAGCAGCGACGAUGGUGCUACGCUUCAGGGGACUGGAACUGGCCAGAACACGGCGAGGUCACCUGCGUCACUGAGUCAGAGUAUCUGAUGAUGCAAGGUGGAAUCACAGCCGGGGCGGUGCUGGCAGUGUUGCUGCCUGUGCUUAUUGCUCUUCUCUGUUAUGCUUCCUACGUCCGUAACAAGAACAAAUAUGAUUACCCUGAGACUCACUUCGUCCGCAACACCAGCCGCAGGAUCAACAACUUCUUCAAGAAGCCCAGUAGAAGUGACAGUUCGCCAGAAUCUGUACGUCCUGUCAAGCACCUGGGCGGUGGUGUGGGUGGUAAUGGUGUGGACGGUGGCAUGGGUGGUGGCAGGGACGCUGGUGGCAGCACCGGGACACCAGACACACACCACAGUGAUGACACACAAGUCUAAGCCAUCACAAAUUACCUUGCAAUCUUCAAAAUAAACCGCUUCUUUUCUAAUAUACCAGCGUCUGUAUCUAAACGAUAUAAGCAACUGACAAAUAAAAAUAUUAAUUAUAUUAUCCCAAAUAUACUUAUAUUAACAGUCAGUAAUCAGAUAACAUGGGAAGUUGACGUAGUUUUUAUUAUUAACAGCAUUAGUUUCAUCAUCAGUGUACUGCUACACUGCUCUAUAUGACACAUAGUAGUAACAAAAGCUAGCUAGGUCCCCCUCUCAUAUUCCAUCAUACAGGAUGAACUUUGUACUUAAUUUGAUGAAAUCUGUCAGAGUAACUUGUUGGUAACGUCAAGUGUUUCUAAGAUCGUUAGAAACUAGACGCUUCUUAUGUUGGGUGUUAAGACGGGUUGUGUCUAGGUGAAUGUACCGUGUUGUAACAGUGAUGGUCAUGCAGUGUUGUAACAGUGACGGUCAUGCAGUGUUGUAACAGUGAUGGUCGUGCAGUGUUGUAACAGUGAAGGUCAUGCAGUGUUGUAACAGUGAUGGUCAUGCAGUGUUUUAACAGUGACGGUCAUGCAGUGUUGUAACAGUGAAGGUCAUGCAGUGUUGUAACAGUGAAGGUCAUGCAGUGUUGUAACAGUGAUGGUCAUGCAGUGUUGUAACAGUGAUGGUCAUGCAGUGUUGUAACAGUGAAGGUCAUGCAGUGUUGUAACAGUGAUGGUCAUGCAGUGUUGUAACAGUGAUGGUCAUGCAGUGUUGUAACAGUGAUGGUCAUGCAGUGUUGUAACAGUGAAGGUCAUGCAGUGUUGUAACAGUGAUGGUCAUGCAGUGUUGUAACAGUGAUGGUCAUGCAGUGUUGUAACAGUGAUGGUCAUGCAGUGUUGUAACAGUGAUGGUCAUGCAGUGUUGUAACAGUGAUGGUCAUGCAGUGUUGUAACAGUGACGGUCAUGCAGUGUUGUAACAGUGAAGGUCAUGCAGUGUUGUAACAGUGACGGUCAUGCAGUGUUGUAACAGUGAUGGUCAUGCAGUGUUGUAACAGUGAUGGUCAUGCAGUGUUGUAACAGUAAUGGUCAUGCAGUGUUGUAACAGUGAUGGUCAUGCAGUGUUGUAACAGUGAUGGUCAUGCAGUGUUGUAACAGUGAUGGUCAUGCAGUGUUGUAACAGUGAUGGUCAUGCAGUGUUGUAACAGUGAUGGUCAUGCAGUGUUGUAACAGUGAUGGUCAUGCAGUGUUGUAACAGUGACGGUCAUGCAGUGUUGUAACAGUGAUGGUCAUGCAGUGUUGUAACAGUGACGGUCAUGCAGUGUUGUAACAGUGACGGUCAUGCAGUGUUGUAACAGUGAUGGUCAUGCAACACUUCCUCUCUUCUUUACACACUAAACUUUUCUAUGGUGGAAUAUAGGAUGAAAUAUGUCUACCCUGAAUGAUUAAGUGAUGUCUGGUGGUUAUAGAUAAUAACUGCUGACAGUUGCUGAGUGAUGUCUGGUGGUUAUAGAUAAUAACUGCAGACAGUUGCUGAGUGAUGUCUGGUGGUUAUAGAUAAUAACUGCAGACAGUUGCUGAGUGAUGUCUGGUGGUUAUAGAUAAUAACUGCAGACAGUUGCUGAGUGAUGUCUUGUGGUUAUAGAUAAUAACUGCAGACAGUUGCUGAGUGAUGUCUGGUGGUUAUAGAUAAUAACUGCAGACAGUUGCUGAGUGAUGUCUGGUGGUUAUAGAUAAUAACUGAAGACAGUUGCUGAGUGAUGUCUGGUGGUUAUAGAUAAUAACUGCAGACAGUUGCUCAGUGAUGUCUGGUGGUUAUACAUAAUAACUGCAGACAGUUGCUGAGUGAUGUCUGGUGGUUAUAGAUAAUAACUGCAGACAGUUGCUCAGUGAUGUCUGGUGGUUAUAGAUAAUAACUGCAGACAGUUGCUGAGUGAUGUCUGGUGGUUAUAGAUAAUAACUGCAGACAGUUGCUCAGUGAUGUCUGGUGGUUAUAGAUAAUAACUGCAGACAGUUGCUCAGUGAUGUCUGGUGGUUAUAGAUAAUAACUGCAGACAGUUGCUGAGUGAUGUCUGGUGGUUAUAGAUAAUAACUGCAGACAGUUGCUCAGUGGUCAGGAAAUAUGAGGCAGACUGUAGUGUUUAUUAGAGUUGUUUUAAUAUAUACAUUUAAGACACAGUUAUCCAACAGUCACUGUAAACUGUAUCAUCCAGUUAAUGUCUCAGUCUUUCCUGUAUAACUUUAUAGUUAGGUUAGAAUUAAUUUUGAUUUUUUUCAUUCACUCUAGAUUAUACAGAAGUUCGUGUGUAGUAAGACUUAAGACUUUAGUUUUAACAAUAUAUUUCAGUGGUCUUUAUUAAUAAUAAGGCACAAAUACAAGAGUAUAAAAAAUAGCUCUGGUAACACUAGAGACGAGACAAACUUUUUUUUGGAUAAUGAACGACUUAAUAUAUUACUCGAAGUCAGGGAAAGUCAUGUCAUUUUUGCGUGACAUCUUUGAUUUCCACUAAUCAAAAAUGACCCUUCAUAAGGAGGUUUUUUUUUGAGUAGUUCUUAAUUAUCGAAUUGUUCUGGUUAUUAUAUUAUCUUAUAAAAACUUUGCCGUUUCUGUAGGUUCAGUUUUUUUUUUUUAAUAUUUGGGAUACUAGGCUGAGAUUAUUCUUGUUCCUCGGCUUUUUUCACUAAUCCCUUCAACUUCCCGUUAUACAAAACAACCACAGGGGCAGUUGAAUGAUAGCUCAAGGCCUUUCGUGUUGCAAUCAGUAUAUUAUCAGGAACUUGCAAUAGUGCAGACAUGAGUAAGAGAUCUCAGCAGAUUCGCUCUUGCAAGAGCGUCCCUCUGAACGAAUCUGCUGAGAUCUCUGACUCAUUUCUGCAACAUUGCAAGCUCCUGAUGAUGUGUUGAUUGCAACACGAAAGGUCUAGAGCUAUCAUUCAAUUCCCCCUGUGGCUGUUUUGCAUUUUGUAUAGCUUGUUCGCGAUUCUUGCAGUUCACGUUAUAUAUAUUAAGUAUAUCCACAACGGUUGUCUUGUACCCCAGACAAGUUAUUUCUGGACGCCUGGCCACGACUCUCCCACACUGACCACCUCAAAUAUUUGGCUCAGAGAUCAUUGAUUUAUAAAGGAAUUUCCUUCCUAAGUCUUGUAUAUGUAUACAUGUAUUUGCGUAUUUUUAUAUUUUAUAAUAAACACCACAAAGGAAUACUUUGAGCAAACAUAUUGGUGGUGUUUUGAACACUAGUGACAAGAGUAAAACAGAUGUGCAGUACACAUGUGUGCAGUAUACAGAUGUGCAGUAUACAGGUGUGCAGUAUACAGAUGUAUAGUAUACAGGUGUACAGUAUACAAGUGUGUACAUUAUACAGGCAACACACACCAACCAUGUGAACCUGUCUAGGCUCCUUAUAAACUUACCAUCCACCAAGAAAUACAGUAGGGCGGGUGUCUCUCUCCAGGGUCUUCCAGCCCUGCUAGCUGGUCUGUAUAUCCAGGGUCUUCCAGCCCUGCUAGCUGGUCUGUAUAUCCAGGGUCUUCCAGCCCUGCUAGCUGGUCUGUCUAUUCAGGGUCUUCCAGCCCUGCUAGCUGGUCUGUAUAUCCAGGGUCUUCCAGCCCUGCUAGUAGGUGUGUCUAUCCAGAGUUUUCCAGCCCUACUGGCAGGUGUCUCUCCAGGGUCUUCCAGCCCUGCUACCAGGUCUCUCUCUCCAGAGCCUUCCAGCCCUACUAGCUGGCCUGUUUAUCCAGGGUCUUCCAGCCCUGUUAGCAGGACUAUCUAUGCAGGGUCUUCCAGCCAUGCUAGCUGGUCUGUCUCUCCAGGGUCUUCCAGCCCUGCUAGCAAGUCUCCAGGGUCUUCCAGCCCUGCUAGCAAGUGUGUCUCUCCAGGGACUUCCAGCCCUGCUAGCAGGUGUGUCUCUCCGGAGACUUCCAGCCCUGCUAAAAAAGAAUGAUUGUGUUUCAUUUUAGUUAUUUGUCUAAGUUGUGAGAAAUGAAGGUAGAUGAAAGUUCACAGCGGCCGUAGAAUAAAUUAAGGUAAAUUUGUAAGUUGUAUUAUUAUUAUUAUUAUUAUUAUUAUUAUUAUUAUUAUUAUUAUUAUUAUUAUUAUUAUUAUUAUUAUUAUUAUUAUUAUUAUAUUUGAGGAAGUGCAAAACUCGUAAGGGGGUCGUGCAGUACUUGGAGAAUGGGAGACCAUCAGGUUCGAUCCGAGGAAGGAUAGAACAAGUCCAGAAUCAAGAACAGGCAUUAAAAACCAAGGAUGGAUCUACUAUGGAACUAAUGAAUCUUAAACUUUAGGGUCCCUAAUCCCGGAGGGGCCCCGGGAGCCAUUUUAGUCCACAUUGCUUAAAAAUUCUGGGUCUACUGUAUGAGAAGGGGUUGCGAAGGGGCCCCCAUAACAGUUCAAGCUUCAGGGCCCCAAAAAUGUAGGUCCGCCAAUGUCAAAGACCCUUGAGGAGUUGUAACCUGCACUACUGUACCACAGUUCACAUGUACCACAGUUCACAUGUACCACAGUUCACAUGUACCACAGUUCACAUGUACCACAGUUCACAUGUACCACAGUUCACAUGUACCACAGUUCACAUGUACCACAGUUCACAUGUUGCACAGUUCACCUGUACCACAGUUCACAUGUACCACAGUUCACAUGUACCACAGUUCACAUGUACCACAGUUCACAUGUAGCACAGUUCACCUGUACCACAGUUCACAUGUAGCACAGUUCACCUGUACCACAGUUCACAUGUACCACAGUUCACAUGUACCACAGUUCACAUGUACCACUGUACCACGUACCACAGUUCACAUGUACCACUGUACCAUGUACCACAGUUCACAUGUACCACUGUACCAUGUACCACAGUUCACAUGUACCACUGUACCACGUACCACAGUUCACAUGUACCACUGUACCAUGCACACUUGUUGCACCACUAUCAUAGUUCACCUGGGUGGUUGUGUUCUCUAUGUUCAUCUUUGUUCACUUGUUCGCCCCAUGCUAGGCACCUCACUCACUAAUAAUAAUAUCGCCGCUGAAAUUUACAAAAACAUUUUAGAAUAACAGAUCAUCUUCUUCUCUAUGGAAUAUUUGAAAUAGAAAUGAGCAGAGUAUUUUUGAAAUUUCACAUACCAAUAAUGUGUAUAUUUCGUAAUAAAAGUACUUAAUAAUA